GCGAUUUAAACAAAAACCCCCUCUCUUCUAUAUUAGGGUUUAACAAUUAUUCUGUAAAGGAACUUGAAAAUCAAACUCCAAAAUGUCAAUUUUCGCGGGAAAUCUAGCCUCCAAAGUCUCAUUAUGUCUUCAAUCUCGCGUCUCCGUCAUUCCCUGGGUAAAGAGAAACAAUGCUAUACUGUGUUUAAAAGGAAGGGAGUUUAACAGUUCAUCGGUUCCGGUUAGAUACACUCCUAAGAGAUCUUCAAAGAGUGAUGAGAUAGAGAAUUCUUUGCCUAUGAAAGGUGAUAAAAAGAGGGUAUUUGGUAAAAAUUUGGAUGGUGUAAGUGGAAAUUUUGGUUUGAAUGACAAGGCAAAAGGUCGAAUGGGUUCUGAGAAGAGAGUAUUUGAGAAUCCUUUGCCUGUGAAGGGUUCUGAGAAGAGGGUAUUUGAUAAAAACUUGGAUGGAGUAAGGGGAAAUUUUAGAUUGAAUGAGAAGAUGAAAAAUCAAAAUCAAAUAUGCAAUGAGAGCCUGUCGUUUGAUGAUGCUUGGCAAGUCAAGCAAAAUGCUUUAGAGGUAACAGCAUUUUCACAGUUAGGAGAAAAAAUCAAUCAUGAAUCGGAACCCAGAAGUCAUGAACUCAUGGGGGAGCCUGAAGAGGAUGUUGAAGAGAGUGUAAUGCAACAAGAAAAGGAUAUUUCUAAUCAGAGCAUGACAGUGCAUAAAAUUAUGCAAGAUGCUGAAAAGGUGGCUGUUGGUUUACUUGCAAGAAGAGCAUAUACAGCAGUUGAACUGAGAAAGAAAUUGCAUGGAAAAAGAUUUCCUCCUGAUAUUGUGGAGGCAGUGAUUGGUGAUUUCAAGAGCAGAGGGCUGGUCAACGAUGGCUUGUACGCAGAAACAUAUUCUCGAUCUAGAUGGUCUUCCUCAAGCUGGGGACCUAGGCGGAUCAAGAAAGCGUUGUCCAACAAAGGAGUGAGUGAAGCUGAUACAGACAAGGCACUAAAACUGGUUUUUGAGGAUGGUGACUCCGAAGAACAAGAAUCAAAAGUGGGCAUGUCAAAGAUUUCUAUGGAUCAGCUAUUGAUUCAGGCUUCAAAACAAUGGCUUCGAGGUCAGGAUGUUCCCAAAGAUACACGAAAAUCAAGACUUAUUCGGUGGCUUCAGUAUCGUGGUUUCAACUGGGAUGUUGUUAAUUUUGUAUUGAAGAAGCUAGAAUCACAGCAUAUCUCCUAGAGCACAAUAAGAGCCAUUCCUGGUGCCAACUCAGGAAUGAAUGUGGGCCAUUCCCAAAUUAGCUAAUGGUCCAUCUGGUCACUUGAAUUGUAAGUUGCGUAAUGUGGAUAGAAUUACUGUCUCCAGUAGCACACACUCGGCUGUGGCCUAAAUGUUGGACACUUCAACUCUUACUGUGCAAGUUUUAGGUUGCAUCAGCAUACCCCAGUGCUAUCACAUCUUGUAGACUGAAGUCCACCUGAAUGAAGACAACCUCCAAGACAAAGCAGCAAGUGGAACAACUAGAUUUUGGAAGAUCAUCAGAGUUUUUACACAUAAUGGGAAUAUUCAUGCACCCAUGAAGUGCAAAAUUUUCAUUGAGAUCUUGUGAGUGUUGGUUUACAUGUCAACUCUUCUGAUUUGCCCUUGAAAACAAAAACCACUAAUUACUCCACUUCCGUACCUCAUUUUUAUGCUGUAGAAAAAUACUGGAACUUAUGUAUUAUUAGUAGACAGAGAUUGGACUGCCUUAUGUCUCGCCCCUGACUGCUAUAAUUUUCAAGUGGGUCUCAAAACCUUUUGAACGUGAGCAA